AUGUUCAAAAAAGUUAAUAAAAAACAGUGAUGUUAUAUAAAUUUAAAUUUUAAUUCAAAAAAUAAUUUAAUAACAAGAGUAUAGUUGUUCUCUAGUAUAUAAAAGUAGUCUUUCGUCCUCCAAAGAAAGAAGAUAUGUUCAAGCUGCAAUAACCUUCUUCUGACUCCGCUGAUAACUCACACAAAAAUGUCCUCGGAGCUCGAUAACUGGAUAGAAAUCGCUCAGCAAUGUAAAUAUUUACCUGAAAACGACUUGAAAAAGCUAUGUGAUAUCGUAAGCAGCAUUCUAAUUGAAGAAUCGAAUGUCCAGCCUGUAUCCACCCCCGUUACGAUUUGUGGUGACAUUCAUGGACAGUUCUACGAUCUGGAAGAGCUGUUCAGGAAAGGAGGUCAAGUUCCAGAUACAAAUUAUAUAUUCCUAGGUGAUUUUGUGGACCGAGGAUAUUACAGUUUAGAAACAUUCACUAGGUUACUUACUCUAAAAGCUAAAUACCCCAAUAAGAUUACUUUGUUAAGGGGGAACCAUGAGAGUAGACAAAUUACACAAGUAUAUGGAUUUUAUGAUGAGUGCAUGGCUAAAUAUGGGAACGUGAAUGCUUGGAAGUAUUGCUGUAGUGUUUUUGAUCUCUUAACUGUUGCUGCAAUUGUGGAUGAAAAAAUUCUUUGUGUACAUGGUGGUUUGAGUCCGGAUAUAAAAACCCUAGAUCAAAUUAGAAAACUAGAAAGGAAUCAAGAAAUUCCUCAUAAAGGCGCGUUUUGUGAUUUGGUAUGGUCGGAUCCUGAUGAAGUAGAGACAUGGGCCACGAGUCCAAGAGGAGCUGGUUUCUUGUUUGGUGCCAAGGUGACUCAAGAUUUUAUUUCGAUAAAUGCCUUAACUUUGAUUUGUCGAGCACAUCAGUUAGUUCAUGAAGGAUACAAAUACAUGUUCGACGACAAACUGGUCACCGUAUGGUCCGCCCCCAACUACUGCUACCGAUGCGGCAACAUCGCCAGCAUUUUGGAAUGUACCACGACGGAGAAGAUCGAACCGAAGCUCUUCAGCGCCGUGCCCGACUCCGAACGUGUGAUCCCGAGUCGAAUCGUCACCCCCUACUUUUUGUAAUUACAUACUCUGUCGUCCUUAAUUUAAUUUUAAUUAGGAAAGAACCAAAUUUGUUAAAAUAAAUAUUGUCUUAAAUAAACGUUUUAUAUAUUAAGAA